AUGGAGAAGGCGGCGACGAGCUUGUCGGGACUGGUGCGGACGAAGUCGGACCAGCUGGUGGAGGCGUUAUCGGCGGCGUUCAAGUCCCCGUCGCCGUCCUCGUCAGGGGAGCCCGUGGCGGCGACUGCUGCUGCCACAUCGGAGAGCGUCGGCGUCGGCGGGGGGCCGUCGAGGAAGUCGAGCAGGAGGGCGUCGCCGGGAAACAGGAGCGGCGGCGGCGGCGGGGGGAACAAGAACGCCCACAUCCGGAAGUCCCGGAGCGCGCAGAUGAAGUUCGAGGUGGAGGAGAUGAUCAGCAGCGGGGCGGCGCUCAGCCGAGCUUCCAGCGCCAGCUUGGGCCUUUCCUUCUCCUUCACGGGAUUCAACAUGCCGCCCGACGACGUCAUCGCCGAUUCCAAGCCCUUUAGCGACGACGAUAUCCCUGAAGAUAUCGAGGCUGGAAUCGGAAAGCCCAAAUUCCAGACAGAACCCACCUUGCCAAUUUAUCUCAAGUUCACUGAUGUGACAUACAAAGUGGUGAUCAAAGGGAUGACUUCAACACGGGAGAAAGACAUCUUAAAUGGGAUCACAGGCUGUGUCAACCCUGGUGAAGUUCUUGCUCUCAUGGGGCCUUCAGGAAGUGGGAAAACCACACUUCUCAACCUGCUGGGCGGCCGGUUGAACCAGUCCAAUAACCUGGGUGGCUCAGUCACUUACAAUGACCAGCCUUACUCCAAGUCCCUCAAAAGCAGGAUAGGAUUUGUGACUCAGGAUGAUGUCUUGUUCCCUCAUUUAACCGUGAGAGAAACACUGACAUAUGCUGCCCUUCUACGACUACCGAGUUCGCUAACUCGAGAAGAGAAGACGAAACGAGCAAUCGACCUUAUCCAAGAACUCGGCCUGGAGAGAUGUCAGGACACAAUCAUCGGCGGCUCAUUCGUCAGGGGAGUCUCCGGCGGGGAGAGGAAACGAGUCUCCAUCGGAAACGAGAUCAUCAUCAACCCUUCCUUGCUCUUCCUCGACGAACCAACCUCCGGAUUGGACUCCACCACCGCGCUGAGGAUCGUCCAGAUGCUGCAGGAAAUUGCAGAGGCAGGGAAAACGGUGAUCACCACAAUUCACCAGCCGUCCAGCAGGCUGUUCCACAAGUUCGACAAGCUGGUGCUUUUGGGGAAAGGAAGCUUGCUCUACUUCGGGAAAGCGUCAGAAGUGAUGGCAUAUUUCUCGUCGAUCGGAUGUAACCCUCUCCUGGCAAUGAACCCUGCCGAGUUUCUUCUUGAUCUAGCUAAUGGCAACAUAAACGAUGUCUCUGUGCCUUCGGAAUUGGAGGACAAAGUUCAUGUGGGGAAUGGUGAAGCUGAGACCAGAAAUGGGAAGCCGGCUCCUGCAAUUGUUCAUGAGUAUCUAGUGGAGGCCUACGAGACACGAGUUGCGAAGAGGGAAAAGAAGAAGCUUUUAGCUCCCAUACCACUAGAUGAAGAAGUGAAGCUGAAAGUCUCAUCUCCCAAACGGCUGUGGGGAGCAACCUGGUGGGAGCAGUACACUAUACUGUACUGCAGAGGGAUCAAGGAGCGCCGCCAUGACUACUUCAGCUGGCUGAGAAUCACACAGGUGGUCUCGACUGCAACCAUUUUGGGCUUACUGUGGUGGCAGUCUGAUACCAGCUCUCCCAAAGGACUCCAGGAUCAGGCGGGGUUGCUGUUCUUCAUUGCUGUGUUCUGGGGGUUCUUUCCAGUUUUCACGGCGAUCUUCACAUUCCCUCAAGAACGUGCGGUGUUGAGCAAGGAGAGAUCAGCUGAUAUGUACAGGCUGAGUGCAUAUUUCAUGGCCAGAACUACAAGUGAUCUUCCACUUGACCUGGUUUUGCCAGUUCUGUUCCUUCUGGUGGUGUAUUUCAUGGCGGGGUUGAAAAUGGGUGCUGGUCCCUUUUUCUUGACCAUGAUCACAGUUUUUCUCUGCAUUGUUGCUGCACAGGGGCUUGGACUCGCCAUUGGUGCAAGCUUGAUGGACAUGAAGAAGGCUACUACUUUAGCUUCAGUUACUGUCAUGACCUUCAUGCUUGCUGGAGGCUUCUUUGUUAAUAGAAUCCCCGUUUUCAUAUCUUGGAUACGCUACAUGUCAUUCAACUACCACACCUAUAAGCUGCUACUGAAGGUACAGUACGAGCAUAGGAUGCCAGUUAUCGGUGGAACCAGAAUCGACAGUGGUUUAGAGGAAGUGUGUGCUCUUGUUGCCAUGGUAUUUGGCUACCGUCUCUUGGCCUAUAUUUCUCUGAGGAUGAUGAAGUUACAGUCUGGUGCCUGA